CAGCCUCUCAUAGCUACAUCACACCCUCUUACAGGUCCUCACACUUUUCAAGGACGCCUGAACAACAGAGGAGGAAACUCUUAACUGCGAUCGGAAGGGUUUUGUUUGUUGCAAAAUCCGUAGACUCACUAUUUAAGUUUUGUUCUGUCAUCAUACAAAGAGCCAGCAUGUCGAUGGGAAUGGAGAUUGUGGGCAUUGCCCUUGGAGUCCUUGGAUUUAUCAUUGCAAUAGUGACAUGCGCCCUGCCAAUGUGGAGGGUGACGGCCUUCAUCGGCGCCAACAUCAUCACAGCUCAGACCAUCUGGGAGGGUUUAUGGAUGAACUGUGUCACCCAGAGCACGGGCCAGAUGCAGUGCAAGGUCUACGACUCGUUGCUGGCCUUGCCUCAGGAGCUGCAGGCCUCCAGAGCGAUGACCAUCGUCUCUAUCAUACUUGGGGUGCUGGGGGUCUUGAUCUCCAUCGUCGGCGCCAAGUGCACCAACUGCAUCGAUGACGAGCCAUCCAAGGCCAAAGUGAUGAUCAUCGCUGGAAUCUUCUUCGUCCUCGCCGGCCUUUUGGUCCUCAUCCCCGUCUCCUGGACCGCCAGCGUUGUCGUCCAGGAUUUCUACAACCCCCUCCUGACCGACGCGCAGAGGAGGGAGAUGGGGGCAUCGCUCUACAUCGGCUGGGGAGCGGCAGCCCUGCUCCUGAUUGGUGGGGCGAUGCUGUGCAGCACCUGCCCUCCAAAAGAGAAGCAGUACAAGCCACCCCGGAUGGCCUACACCGCCCCACGCAGCACCAGUGCAGGUGGAGGGUACGACAGGAAAGACUAUGUUUGAACAGCUCUGGAGUGUCUGUCGAAAAAAAAAAAAGUUUGUUGAAUGAGUGUUUUUGUGCCUGUUAUUUUUUGCUGUCUGAAACCACAGGGUAAACCCCACAAAAAGACUCCGAGAUGAAGAUGAGUGUACAAAUAUUGAUCUUUCUGCUUUGCUUUUGGUUGACAUGUUCAUUUACAUAAUUUUAACGCCUUUGCUCUGCUUUAAUCCAGCAGGUGUGUCUUGUUAAACUUGUUCCCCCUGAGUACAUGUUGUUUUUAUACUAAACUUUAUGUGGCAUUAUGUGAAUUGGAAAACACCUGCUACUUGUUUGUGUGUGACGCUCUAUCAUUAGUUGUUGGCCGGCUGGUGUCGUGUUUCACUGAAACUUGCAGUUAAAAUGCUUCGUGUCAUUUCACUGACAAUGACAAAGAAGAGCCAGCUCUCAUUUUACAUGGAUUUGGUCGUGUGAUUGUUCAUUGUGUGAGUGUUAGCGUGCGUUCGUGCGUAUUUUGCAUGUAAUAUUUGCUUAGGAGAGUUUCUGCUGAGACUGAAACUAAAGAUGGCUCCAUGAUAUGGCCCCAGGUAACAACUUUAUCUUCGUCCUCACAGUUUCACUGUUUGAGGACAUAGAAUAGACUGUUUAGACUUUUUAUGUGUCCAUAUGUGUGUUUAUUUUAUAUUUCUGUAAUAAAAAUGUAUUUGUAAUGUAUUUUAACAACACAUAUUCCACCGUGUGUCUGUGUUUCAAAUAGAUUUGUAUCUUUUAUAUCUAUCAUGAGCAACAACCUGUACGGUCCUCUGUAUGUCAAACAAAGAGCCAACGGACCUUUGUAGUGUGUGUGUGUGUGUGUGUGUGUGUGUGUGUGUGUGUGUGUGUGUGUGUGUGUGUGUGUGUGUGUGUGUGUGUGUGUGUGUGUGUUUGUGAGACACCCUGAGGGAACAUGACUACAGCUGUUGUAGGAUGUUUGUUUGCAGAUCAGCAGGAUGUGGUUUGUGUGUAGAAAAGAAAUAUUUCAUUAAUUCAUCUCCAUCUCUUUGAAAAGAAGAUUUUGUGCUCUAAGUUCAAUAUAAUUUGGUGUUAGUCAAACAUUGUUAAAAGAGCUGAUCUAUAAAAUAAAUAAAAUAAAAUAAUUUGUUAAAUGUUU